AUGGGCGAACCUGAGAUUGGUUUCGUACCUAGUAAUUGGACGAACCGGAUUGGUUUCGUGCCUGGCGAUUGGACGAACCUGGGAUUGGUUUCGUGUCAUGCUAAGCCGAUGGGAUUUCGGUUUAGCUUUAUUGUUGUUGAUUUUGUAUAUGAUUGAGUAAUGUAAGAAUAUGUAUGUUUGUUAGAUGUAUGUUUGAGAAUGUGGAGUCUGAUUUUAUGCUAUGCAAUGAUUGUUGAGUGUGAUUAGAAUUUUGCCAUUGUGUUCACCCCUUUUAUUUUUUUCCCUUAGAUUAAUAAGCUUUAUGAGACGUUGAAGAAAUUUUGAAUCUUUAAAGAAUUAUGAAUAACACAUUGUCUUGGCCUAUAAGGCAUGACGGGUGUUACAAUUAUCGGCAAAGGUCAAGAGCCCAAUGGAUGGAUUUAGGGGACAAAAAUACUGCUUUCUUCCACAAGACGGUUGCACAAAGAGUGACUCGAAAUCACAUCCACUUUCUUAGAGAUAGUAAUGAUACUAUGAUUGGCACAACCAAAGGCAUUAAGUCUCAUUCAGCUGAGUAUUUCCAAGGUAUAUUUGGUUGUACUGAUUUGCCAAUUUCUCCAUGUUCGGACUCUCAGUUACAAAAAGUGCUACUCUUUAGAUGCAAUGAUAGUCAGAGGCAUGAUGACGCAGUCGGAAUCUCUAGGAAUAGCAAACACUAUGCCUAGAUAGAAAUCAAGUUCGCUAGCGACGAACUUAAUGAUAAAACUCUGGAAUCCACCAGAAAAGGGUCUGGAAUCCACCAGGAAAAGAGAAAGCUCUCUGUUCUUAUUAAUUAGAAUCAAAAAAAACAUCCCCGGUAAAUAACCUAGGAUCUCUAUAUAUAUAGAGAAUAAAACCAAAACAUAAAAUAGAAAACCCUUAAACAAAAUAGAAAACGUGAAAUAAGUAAAUAUUAAAAGAAAAGGUAAAUUCCCUAAAUUUCUCCUACAUCAGUCUCCUCCACUUCUGAAGAACUUGUCCUCAAGUUCUCUUCUGAUUAAAGAAUCUCAUUUGCUUUGUCCCGCAUAGGAGGGAAGUCAUGUAAAUAACCGUCUGAAUCUAACUCUCUCAAAUUAGUUAGAAUCUCUGGAAGGUCCUCUGGGAUUGUUGUCUUCUUCUUAACAACACUUAGCAACCCAUUAGUUUUUUUGAAAUUCGCAUCUAGCCUUUUCUUGUAAUGAAUCAUAACUAAGACGCUUGAUUUCUUUCUCCUUGGAUUCUCUUCCUUGUAGUGCUUCUCAUGUUCAUGUGCAAUUAACGUCUUGAGAUUCCUUUGUACCACUAGCUUCUCUUCUGGAGUAAUUAACAUCUCAUCCACUUCUGAAAUUCCAUAGAAUAAUAGAAUAUCAGUCUUCACAUGAUUGCUUUGUUUAUUCCCUUGAUCAACUAUCUCGUCCUUCACGAGUUCUUCUUUAGCAUCCAUGUGAGAAUCAUAAUUAUUAUGUAGAUUCUCUUGACCAAUCUCUUCCUUCAUGGAUUCUUCAUUAGAACUUGUAUUUUCAUCAAUCACAACACGAUUGUUUUCCACUCUUGGGAUUCCUCUUCCCUGGUUUCUCUGCUGAUUUUCGUUAAGCCUAGCCGGUUCUCUUUCUCUGCCUCUUUGCUGAUUUUCGUUAAACACCACUUGUUCUCCUUCUCUGCCUUGUUGUCGAUUGUGUCUGCCUUGUUGAUUCUGAUUUCGUCCCAUUCCUUCUCCUCCUCCUUGUCCUGCGUUAGCAAUCUGAUUGGUUAAUGCUGCAAUCUGAUUAGUUAACGCUGCCACCAGAUUUGCCAGGUUCGUGGUUGAGUCUUUCAAACUUGCUGUGAAACCCUCCAUGUCGGCCUUGGUUACUGGUUGAUCACCCAUAGCUGUUCAAGCUUCGAAAAGAGUAGGAGAUUGCCUGCUCUGAUACCACUUGACGCAGUCGGAAUCUCUAGGAAUAGCAAACACUAUGCCUAGAUAGAAAUCAAGUUCGCUAGCGACGAACUUAAUGAUAAAACUCUGGAAUCCACCAGAAAAGGGUCUGGAAUCCACCAGGAAAAGAGAAAGCUCUCUGUUCUUAUUAAUUAGAAUCAAAAAAAACAUCCCCGGUAAA